AUGUUACUGGGUAACAUUAUUGACCUAUUUCAGAAACUAUUCAAUGGUGGGCCAGUAAUAAGAGCUAUCAUGAAUAAGGCCAGCGCAAUACAGGGCUAUGCCUCAUCAAUAAGUACUAGGGCUGGUAAUGGUGCACUUAAAGAUCCAGCCGAACAACUAAGUGGUGCAGCUGAUACACUCAAUAGUACUAAGACUGUUACUACUGCCAAAGCCUUCAAAGAAAAAUAUGAAGCAUUCGGAAAAGCCUACGACAAAGCUCCAACUGAACAAUCUGCUGUCAAAAAUGACUGGGAGGCUCUCAAAGGUAUCAUCGAUGGUGCUAGCCUUACUGAAGAAAACAAGAAUUGGAAGUUCUGGUCCAUCAUUGGUCCUUCAAUUUUUACUAUGUGA